AUGGAUAAUCAAUCCAAAAAAAGCACUGUAAGGAGCAAGAGCUCGUUCAGGUACUUCCAGUUUGAGGAAGGCAGAGACUCUCCAGGAGAUGCUUGGAACGUUCUCUUAAUAGUUGCCACUCUGAUUGCUGCAGUGACCUUUCAAGCUGGGGUCAACCCUCCUGGGGGAGUUUGGCAAGAUAACAAAGAUGGACACAAAGCGGGGAGAGCCAUUUAUGCAUCUGAAAAACAAGCUUAUUAUAUUUUCUUGAUUUCCAACUCUUUGGCAUUUUCAGCUUCAGUCUUGGUCAUAAUGUCCCUAACAUACAGAUUCCCUUUUCAUCUCGAAGUGGUGGUUGCCACGGCUUCAAUGAUUGUAACAUAUGGGUCUGCUGUAUUCGCUGUCACGCCCAAGGAAUCGAUGAAGUUUCGCUAUAUUCUGAUCGCAGCUGCUGUGCCUUUUGCAAUGAGGUUUUGUAUUCGAAUCUUUAUCAAGUACUUAUUAAAGAAAUCAUCUGCAGCUGAGGACUCACCCGCGGGUUGUUGA